AUGGUAGCUCUGGCCCUGGUAGCAGGCCACACCGACUCUGUUCUUUGCUGCGAGGUGCAGCCGGGCGGCAAGCUGCUGGCCAGUGGCGGGGAGGAUGGCGCCAUCUGCCUCACCGAUCUGUCCACGCUCAAGCCGGCGGGGCGGAUAGAGCAGGCGGCGGGCGACGCGGUGCCAUCAGUGUGCUGGCACCCGGGUGCCGGCGAGGAGCACAGCCUGUUUGCGGCGGCGGGCUCCGCAGUGUUGCAUUUAGACUUGCGCCGCGGUCUGGAUGCCUCCGCACUAUGCCGCAGCUUUGGGGUGAGCCAGGAUGAGGUGAACAGCGUGGCGGUGACCGCCGCCAACGGCUGCUGGCUGGCAGCAGGGGACGACUCUGGAGAGGUGCAAGUCAUCAGCCUGCAGCAGCAGCAGCAGCAGCAGCAGCAGGUAGCACCCCCUAGUGCAGCAGCAGCAGCGUCGGCGGCAGCAGCAGCAGCGUCGGCAGCGGCAAGCCUCACCUGCCCUGCGUCCUACAAGACCCUGCGCCGCGGCCACAUCAACAUCUGCAGCGCUGUGGCCUUCCGGCCGCACCGCCCCUGGGAGGUGCUGUCGGGCGGGCUGGAUGCGGCGGUUGUUCGGUGGGACUUCAGCCGGCUGCGCCCGCUGCACACCUGGAGCCUGAACGGCGAGGCAACGGCCAGUGGAGGCCAGCUGUUCAACCCUCCCAUGGUGCACAGCCUCGCGGUGCCGCAGACAGACGAGCGGGGGCUGUGCAAGCUCGUGGCGGUGGGCCGCGGCGACGGCUGCAUCUCGAUGUAUGAUGCCGACUUGAAGGCGGCGCCAGCAGCAAGGGGCAGCAGCGGCAGUGGCGGCGGUGGCAAGAAGGGCGGCAAGAAGGGCGGGCAGAAGGCGGCGGCUGUGGCAGCACCAGGGGUCGUGCCCGGCCGGCUGGCGCUGCUGGGAAGGGAGCAGGGCGGGCAUAGCGCAGCGGUCAACAGCGUGUCUUUCCUCCAAGGAUCUGGCUGGCAGCAGCUGCUGUCGGCAGGCAACGACUGCCGCCUGCUGCUGUGGAACUGGGGGGCUGCCCAGGAGGGAGCGCAGGUGGCAGCAGAGGCAGCAGCAGAAGCGGCAGAAGUGGGAGGAGGCGGAGACAGCAGCUUGCGGCAGGGCGGCAAUCUGCAGCAGCAGCAGUCGCAAUGCGCACAGCAGGCGGCGGCGACUGAUGAGCCCAGCGGCAGCGCCAGUGUGCCGCUGCUGGCAGCCGAGCACCAGCACAGCCGCAAAAUCAACUGGGCUUGCUCCACUGCCCUGCCUGGCUGCCCCUACAAUGUGUUUCUUGCAGACACAGGCCGCCGCCUCACAGCUCUGAAGCUUGCAUGA